AUGUUGCAUAAAUUCCCGAAUUGUGGGAAAAGACUCCAAAAGUGGUUAGAAAAAAUAAGUCCUCUUAGAGCUUUGAGCUUAGUAGAUCUAAGCAAACUGCUCGUUUGCCAUAAGCACUUCGAAGGAAGAUUUUUAACCAAGACCGGCCGUUUACUAGGUUGUGCUUAUCCUACUCUUUUCUCCUAUGAUGAAAUAUCUAGUGGCAUACCAGCAGAAUCAAUUGAAGCAUCUGAAAACUAUAAUCCUAAUAUGGACCAUAAUUACUCCAUGAAAAGACAUUAUGAUCACUCGUAUGCACGUACCCUACUGUCAGAUCCAACCAAAGCACAUAAAUCAACAGAUCCAAUACCAUCAACUUCUCAAGUGACAGAGCCUGUGAUUGACCCGGUUGUUGAGCAAGAGAAAUUGGCAUCAUUAGAAUCUUCUGAUGAGAAAAAAGGGAGACGCUUCACCCUGGAAGAUAAAUUAUUGGCAUUAGCAAUUAUGAAGCAAGGGCCAAGGUGUUACAAAUUUCUGCAGCGUAUAUUUAUAUUGCCAUCAGCAACAACAUUAAAGAAGCUUGUCAAAAAAUUAAAUGUCCAACCAGGCCUCAAUCCUCAGAUUUUUGAAUGCAUUAAGAAUGAGGUAUUUUCUUGGCCUGACAAUAAAAAAUACUGCAGCAUCAUUUUUGAUGAAAUGUCUCUAGAGUGUGGAUUGACAUUCAAUUCAUAUCAAGACAAAAUUAAUGGAUUUGUUCACCUCACAAAUCGAGCUCCAGAGUUUGCUGAUCACGCAUUAUGUAUCAUAAUUAAAGGUGCAGUGUACAAAUGGCAACAAUCAGCACUGAAGAGCUUACAGCAAGAUACAAGAAGAGAACAAAUCCUAUCUGAGGAUCACAUUGAUGAGACAAUAGGAAUUGGUCACUUUACUUUAAGUGUAAUAUAUGACCCACCGCAUCUUAUAAAGGGACUAAGAAAUAAUUUUCUAACGAAAAAUAUUUCUUUUAGUGGAAAAAGGGCCAAAUGGUCUGACAUAGUUGAAGUCUAUAAAACAGAUUGUCAACAUGCAGAAUCAAGACUUCUCCACAAACUUAGUGAUGAGCACAUACUUCCAGAAAAGAUAAAAAAAAUGAAGGUAAAAAAUUGUGUUCAAGUUUUAAGCAGCACAAUGUUGUACACCUCAUCAUUUGCACAAUAUUGUGAUGGGAAUCCUGUGAGUGGUACACUAAAACAUACUGCAGAAGUAGUCAUAUUUCUGGACAACUUAUUUGAUAGUGUGAAUGGUGUUUGCACUUACAAUAAAAAAAGAGAGGACGUGUGG